AUGUCCUCUCCCCCUCCCCCCCAACCCAAUGGCAAAGAAGAAGAUGUAGCCUCCUCAGACUUGGAUCUGUGCUUGAGCCAACUUACCCAGGAGCGGAGUGAUGCCGCCAGUGCUGAAUUGACCUCAGGAAACUUCAUCAAGACACCGGAAGAGAUCAAGCAGGAAGAACUACUAAGGCGGGCGGCAGAAAACAAGAAGAAUACGGACACAGCAAGUGAGGAACCAGUGUCUACUAGUAUAGCAGUUUUCGCAAAUCAUGUGGAGGAUAAUGAUCAGCGACAGAAAGACGAACUGGCAUUGUCUCACGCGUUAUCGCAGCGAUACCAUGCUGCAAGACAAUCUCGAGCGAGGGCAGAAUUGGGAGCCGAAAAUUUGGAUUUUGAUGACGACUCUUUCAAACAGGAUCAAUUUGCUAAUGAUCCACUAUUCAUGGCAGCUAGAAUAAUUGAGGAUGACCCUCUUCCCAAUCCUGCUUCUGACGUUCGGACCAGUUCGGAAUCUAAUUCUGGAAAUGGCAAAAUGGAAUAUUGCGACAAUCAAACUGGGCAACCAAUGGCCAAGCACCGGGUACCUCCAGGCUCUGUUACUCCUGGUGCCUACUCUGGGGCACCCGGUGCCGACUAUGAAGCAUUGGAACCAAUGCAAUUGGAUGUACUGGGAGCUGCAUCCUCUAAUCCGCUAGAACUGCCGCAAGAAGAUGAAGAAGAAACUGUUACAGCAUUGCCCAGAGUGGAUGGUUCUAAUUUGGGACCUUCUGGGACUGGGCCUGAGCCUGAUAUUCCUCAAGAGACCAGAGCAGAGUCCUCGGAUGAGGAAAAUGCAAUACCGACCGCUCAUGUAGAGUGGGUGUCUGGGCCCCCAACGCAUAAUCCCGAUGGGACUGAAGCUGAUUCCGAAGUGCAAAGAAAGAAAAAGAUGCGGUUGAUCAGGGUGGGCUUGUUGCUACUAGUACUGGUGAUGAUUCUGGCAAUUAUUGCCAUUCCACUGGCUGUUCGUGGAAGUGGACAGAAAGAUGAUACAUCACUGGAGAAUACAACAAUUGAUAAUUCAACGGAAGGUGAAAUCUCCGAUCCAGUACCAACACAAUCACCAACAGUGGAAGUUGACCAAGUCGAGCAAGAUGAUGGGGUGCUGCUCCCCAAUGCAGCCAAUUCCACUUUGGAAUUAAUUGCAUUGGAUCAGUCGUCACCCCAGUACCAAGCUUUUACCUGGCUGACUCUAGAUCCCAACCUACGUCGGUACAAAAGCUGGCAACGGGAACAGAGAUUUGCUUUGGCAACUUUCUUCUAUGCAUUCGGUGGCCCACAAUUUUGGAUAUGGCUGAACUAUGAGAUAGAUGAGUGUGAAUGGGGUGAGAGUUUCUCCAGCAAACAAGUGCAUUGCAACACUGAUGGCCAUGUAAAACGACUUACUAUGAGAAAAUCCGACACCAUAAUGGAUUUUAUUGGAUCUAUCCCACCAGAGCUGUCAUUGCUUGGUCAGUUGGAAGAAGUGGACUUGUCAGGGAAUCACCAACAUAAACCCAUAUCGAGUCUGCUACCAUCAAGUUUAUCACCAGAGUCAUUUCCGUCACUGAAAGUGAUUGGCUGUACUAAUUGCUCUCUCCGACUAAGUAUCCCUGCAGAGCUCUGUGACUGGACCCAACUCCACACCUUGAGGUUGGGAACGAACUGGCUUAGUGCGAUACCAGUGGAAAUCCAGCAGAUGACCCAACUUCAAGAGUUGAUACUCAAUAGGAACAUUCUAACGGGAACAAUUCCCGUAGAGUUGACUCAGCUGGACCAGCUUCAAAGUUUGUCAUUGGAAAGCAACAUGAUGUCCGGAAUGGUCCCUUCCGAGUUUGGCUUGAUGACAUCAUUGACACGCUUGGGAUUGUCUGAAAACAGGAGAAUGACGGGCAGCCUUCCAAGUGAGGUUGGAUUACUGACAGCCUUGGCUUUCUUGAACAUGAGUACAACUGCAAUAUCAGGUGAUAUUCCAUCUGAGCUGGGGUUGCUGACAUCAUUGACUGAAUUGGCCUUGCAUGACAGCAAUUUAUCCGGAAUGGUGCCAAGCAGUCUUUGUUCCAACCCAGACUUAUUGCAGAUUCUUGUCAAUUGUGAUUCAGUGGAUUGUAAAUGCAGUCAAUGCAAAUGCAGCACACUGUAG